AUGGGGUUCGGUUCGAAAUCUUUCGGCCGGCGUUUUCGCAACGCGCCGAGGAAAAAUAGUUGCGGGCGCGCCGAGCGACCUACGCUGCUAUUCCGUCGGAUAGGGCUCACUUUCGUCUGCACCGCCGACGGGUGGCAGGAGGAAUAUGGAAACCGGAAGCCCGGGUGGCAACGCGGAGGGGCAAAUGGACGGAAGAGAAGCGAAGGCAAA